GCGCGGUGAGCACGGCCAACAAGCAGAUGGAAGAUGACCCAGAUGGGAUCAUUCCGACCAUGCCGGCAUCCCCUGAGACGGCGCAGGCACACCGACGAUGGCGAGAACCGCCACAGGACCCACAGCAGCUGGGGGAUUUCAGGAAGGCAUUGGCCGCGACAAUGGAGUCCAUAGAGCGCCAGCUGCACUGCGCGGCCGCGCUCAACCUCGACCAAGAACAGGUGGGCCGCAUGCAGGAAGAGUACAGCGUACUAUUGUAUCAGAUGAUGCAUUCCAGGUCGCCCCAGGCCAGAAUCACGAAGCAGCGCAUGUUUGUCGGCCGCUGCAAGAAGCGCCUCAUGGACGCCCAGGCGAAGAUGCACUUGCUACAAGAGCAACUAGAGAGCACCAUGGUCGACAGCCAGUUCCUCACCGUUCACGACGCCGCCCAGGACAGCGACAGUGCAGCGCACGACAGCUACUCCUACCGCGGCCUCGGGAACGUACCGCCUGGAGGGCACGCUGCAGUGGCCAUGGCAAAUGAAGUCAGCAUGCCAGCACUUUUGGCAGCAAUACAGCAGUCCAAUGCACAAAUGUUGCACAACAUGUCAUCGUUCCAGCAGACCGUGGCCACUCUCCAGACUGAGAUUGCCAACAUCAGGAAUGAGAAGAAGUCGGACAUGGAGACCAUCACCGCUGCCGCCAUCGACGCGGCCAAGACGGCAGUCGCCAUGCAGACCCCCAAGAAGGACAAGGACAAACCGGUGCCAGCGGAGAUCCAGAAGGCCAACCGAGCCAAGCUGGAGGCGGCCCUGAUGGG